CAGUGUGAAAAAUUAUUCCUGAGCAAGCAUAUCCAGUUACACUGCAUCCGAGUGAAAAGUGAUCCACUGAAUGGAAAAGACAACGUGGUUGGACAAUAAAACACUGAUUUUGUUCACAGACACGAGGGACUGAUUACAGACAGGAUGGAUAGGAACUUCUCAGACAGAGUCUUCACACCGCGGAGGCAGAGGGAGGAUGAGAAGGUCUUCCGGAUGGAGAUCAACGUCAAGCACACUGGAAGAGUGAUUGGCCGGGGUGGAGCCAAGAUCCGCGAAAUUAUGGAUCAGUGCAGGGUGUUCAUGAGGGUGGAUAAGACCACAGAGGCGCAAGGUUAUGCGGUGGUGGAGAUAAAGGGUGACGAUCAGGGGAUACAUCUUGCCAAGAUGAUGAUUGAUGAAGCUGUAUCACAAGGCGGCACUCCCAGGGAUGGCGGAAUGGAACAGGAUCGGUCGAACAGGAGAUCUGAUUGGGGCCCCAGAAAUGCUGGCAAUUAUCAGCGUGAUUUCCAACCACAUGACAACUACAACUAUGGUUCACAGAAUUCGGCGCCACAAGACAGGCAUGCUUCGCCUGCUCCGCAGAACUUCGAGGCCAUUGACUGGAAUAAUGUCCGAGAGGCUCAGACGGUGAGGCUGAACGAGAUGCUGAAGAGUCUUCCACCACUGAACAAGCGCUUCUACAAAGUGCACCCGGAAGUGGCGAGUCUGACUGCCGAGCAAGUUGAGGAGUUUCGCAAGAGCAGCAAUAACAUUAUUGUUCAGCGAACUCUGGCCAAGGACGAUGAUGAUCAAAAUGCUGCUAUACCAAAUCCAAUUAUGAAGUUUGAGCACUGCUUCGAAGACUAUCCGGACAUAAUGGAGGAGAUCAUGAAGCAGGGCUUUCAGAAGCCUUCGCCCAUUCAGUGCCAAGCCUGGCCGAUUCUCAUGAGCGGAGAGGAUCUUAUUGGGAUUGCUCAGACUGGCAGUGGAAAAACACUGGCCUUUCUCUUGCCCGGCAUGAUCCACACAGAGCUCCAGCCGACACCGCGAGGCGAGCGUGGAGGCCCCAAUGUGCUGGUGAUGGCGCCAACGCGGGAACUCGCCCUGCAGAUUAAGGAUGAAGUCGCCAAGUACCACUUUCGUGGCAUGCAGUCCGUGUGCGUUUACGGCGGCGGCAGUGUGAAGGAGCAAAUUGAGAAGGUCGACAAGGGGGUGGAGAUUGUUAUCGCCACUCCAGGGAGACUCAAUGACCUGGUGGCGAGGGGAACAAUCGAUGUCAGCUCCAUCACUUACCUUGUUCUCGAUGAGGCGGACCGAAUGCUGGACAUGGGAUUUGAGCCCCAAAUCCGAAAGAUUCUCCUCGACAUUCGUCCUGAUCGACAAACUAUAAUGACCAGUGCUACUUGGCCACCCGGUGUGCGUCGCUUGGCGCAGAGCUACAUGCGCAAUCCCAUCCAAGUGUACGUGGGCUCCCUCGAUCUUGCCGCUGUGCACAGCGUCACCCAGACUAUCGAGAUCGUGGAUGAAACUGAGAAAUUCGGUAGAAUUCUGGACUUUGUACAGGACAUGACGGAAAGUGACAAAGCAAUCAUUUUCUGUGGACGCAAAGCCAGAGCGGAUGAGCUCGCAAGUGAGCUUUCAAUGCAGGGCUUCAAUUGCCAAUGCAUUCAUGGUGAUCGUGAUCAGGCGGAUCGGGAGAUGGCUGUGAAAGAUAUCAAGUCGGGAUUGGUGAAGAUUCUCGUGGCCACUGAUGUGGCUUCCCGAGGACUGGACAUUGAGGACAUUACUUAUGUCGUCAAUUAUGACUUCCCGAAGAACAUGGAAGAGUAUGUUCACCGUGUGGGCAGAACUGGCCGUGCAGGUCGAACGGGUAAAUCCCUGUCGCUGAUGACUAGGAAGGAUUGGGCGUCAGCGGCGGAGCUCAUCGGGAUUCUCGAGGAGGCUGAGCAGGAGGUUCCUGAUGAGGUGCGCUCCAUGGCGGACCGCUUCACUCUGAUGAAGGCUCGCAGGGACGAGGAAAGGGUCGCUUGUGGCACUGACAAGAAUUCCCGCGGACGUCGUUUCCACUAAUGCCAAUGAAUCUCUAUUUCUUUUUUAUUUAUACUUUGCAGCCAAGGAGGCUAUGAUGUACCUUUGAGAAAUGUGUUCCAGACAUUAUCUGAAUUUCAAGAAGUGCAAAUUCAAGUAUUUUUUUUAUUAACUAAAUUGGAAAAUAUACGAAAUACAUGAACUAAAGAUUAC